UGAAUGAACCAAUUUGCUGUACAUUUCUUUUAAACAGACAAGCACUUUCAGUAGUCAAAACGUACAAUAUAAUUUAGUAUAAUAUAGCAUACACCUGUGUAAACAAGUGUAAUAUGGAAAAUACUACAAAUGGCUGCAUUUUAGUCAUUAUUAAAUGGUGAAAAUUUCACGACAGGGAAGUUAGACAUAUUGAGAAAGUUCAGUAAAAUGCAUUUGAACUGCCUACUUUGUACAACUAGCUACAGUCUAAAGUCUGGUUGAAGAUUGGCCCUAAAUAGUAACAAGGAAGUGAGAGAAAGCCUGCCAGGCAUAUUUGGUUUCAUUCUCUGCAUACAUCAGGAUCAAUUAAAAACCAUUCGGCAUGUGGCAAGCAGGAGUCUUUUGUUUCUGCAUCUAUACAGCCUGUCUACUGGAUACUAGCUGUGCUAAGAUCGGAUAUGAAGGAAAAUACGUAACCUUUAAAGCCAUUUAUCCACCGGACUACGAGACAAACACCAAGUACUUCGGCAAAACUGAUGGUUUCUUCUUCUUUGAGAAACUGGUUCAGACGUCUCAUCCCAACUGGUGGGCAAAACAGGGGCGAUUCGCACUAUUCGACAACACGUCCACGCACGUCCUUACGGCCGCCAUCUUGAGAUUGGCCGCAGAGGAUUCUGGCAAUUAUUCGUUCGGCGUGGAUAUUAAACUGCUGCCUGAUCUGACUGGUGAUGAAAUACAACUGACUGUCGUUAGAGGUGAAGCACAGAGACCCACAACUCCAGCAAAAGUGAUUGUCUACAGCACAAGCAGUCCUGCAAAUAUCACAGCACAGAACUGGGCCAAGACUAGAGAUCAGGAAUCUUACACCAGAUUUGUGACAGUAUUGAGUCUGGUGUGUGUUUGCACACUUCUGGUUGUGUUUCCAUUCAUUCUGUUUAAAGUUAAAAAAUGGCCUCCUGCCUGCAAGCUAUCAGUUUCUGUGUCUUAUCACACCAGGAAGACAUCAGCUCAAGUUGUUGACGAGUAUGUGAAAAUGAGUUCAGUCGUCCUUACAAACUCACCCAUGACUCAAAGUGAUAAAGAUUCAGUUGUCGAGGACUUUCACAGGACUGCAAACAUAGAAGCAGCACCCAACACAGAUGCCUGCUACGUAGAUCUCGCACAACAGUCCGUUUAUCAGAGUAUUGAUUAAACUACUGACUGACCACAGAUGGCUCAUUAACAGUCAAUUAAAAAUGACAUUUUCUUCACUGAAACUAUUUUGCAGUUUACACUUUACAAUAAGGUUCAUUUUGUUCACAUUAGUUAACAUGACCUAACAAUGGAAAAUACUUCUAAAGCAUUUAUUAACAUUAACAUUUACUAAUUAAUUCUUAACUCAAAGGUUAUAUCUGUUAUUAUGCCAUGGUCUGUCUGAAUACUCGAUUAUGAUUGGCUGGCAGGUGUUGAUUAAAUUUGUUGAACUGCAGGUAGUUCCAGGUCAGUUUAAUCACGUUCUAUAUUAAUGCACUUCCUAUAAACAUUGGUAACCAUAGUAACAUAUAGUUAGAGUUGAAUAGUAAUACAGACCGUCAUUUUUAUCGUUCCGGUCAAAUAUUGCAGCGCAAAUAUUAUUAACAUCUUUAAUAUGUGAAUGCUGGCAAAUGACCAUGGCAUAAAUGGGAUAAUCAACGGCUAGCUGUGCAUUAAACGAUUUUAAUGCACUUCGCGGAGGCAACCGCUGCGCGUCGGGUGUUUCUUCGCCUCCACGUCGUGCAUUCAAAUCAUUUAAUGCACAGCUAGCCGUUGAUUAUCCCUUACAUAUUGUUUAAUGGACCUGAGCUAACAUGUAGUGUUUUUGUUAAAUAGUGGUAACAAAGAUUAAUACAUGUGAUCCUGGACCAAAAAAAACAAGUCACAAGGGUCAUUGUAUUUAUAGAUCAUUUAUAAACUGAAUAAAUGAGCUUUCCAUUGAUGUAUGGUUUGUUAGGAUCGGACAAUAUUUGGCCGAGAUACAACUAUUUGAAAAUCUGGAAUCUGAGGGUGCAAAAAAACAUAAAUAUUGAGAAAAUCUUUAAAGUUGUUCAAAUUAAUUUCUUAGCAAUGCAUAUUACUAAUCAAAAAUUAUGUUUUGACAUUUUCAAAACGGUGGGAAAUUUACAAAAUAUAUUCAUGGAACAUGAUCUUUACUUAAUAUCCAAUGAUUUUUGGCAUAAAAAAUGGAUAAUUUUGACCCAUACAAUGUAUUUUUGGCUAUUGAUACAAAUAUGCCUGUGCUACUUAUGACUGGUUUUGAUCUCCAAGGCCACAUAUACUGUAUGUAACACAUGUAUUUCUCAUUGUUAAUUAAUGCAUUAACUAACAUUAACUAAUUGAACCUUAUUGUGUAAUGUUACCAACUGUCAUCAGUUUGUUAUGUCUUGAAUUCAUCAAUAAAGUAAAAUCAUUGA